AUGAAUACUUUGCUAUCACUUUCCCGGCGCCGGAACUCCUUCAAUCUCCUAAACCAUCCCCUCCUCCUCCGUAAAUUCUCCGCUGAUGCUGACCCAUCUCCCGGAAUCAUCAAACCAGAUAGCCACGCAUCAGCGGAAGUCCGGUUAUUAGAGAAUCUCCGUAAAACCCCACAGCAUGAUUGGCCAUCCAACGAGACGCUAUCUUCCCUCCUCGCAUCUCCUUCCGUAUCUCCUCAAUCCUUCUCUCAGAUCACCCGCCGUCUCGGAUCCUACUCUCUCGCACUCUCCUUCUUUAACUACCUCGAAACAACGAAAUCUCAAUCUCAAGAGUCUCUCUCUUUAGUUUUUCAAUCGGUUAUCGAGUUCGCGGGUAGCGAACCGGAUUCAAAGGAGAAGCUUCUCCGUCUCUACGAGAUUGCUAAAGAGAAGAAUAUCCCUCUCACUGUUGUAGCUACUAAGCUUUUAAUCAGAUGGUUUUCGCGUAUGGGUAUGGUGGAUCACUCCGUUCUCGUCUACGAAGGGCUCGAUUCGAGUAUGAGGAACACGCAAGUUCGUAACGUUGUGAUUGAUGUAUUGUUUAGGAAUAAGAGAGUGGGUGAUGCGUUCAAGGUGCUCGACGAAAUGCUUUGUGAAGGAUCGGUUUUUCGACCUAAUAGAAUCACGGGUGAGAUUGUUUUCCAUGAGGUUUGGAGAGGGAGGAUUUUGAAAGAAGAGGAGAUUGUUGAGUUGAUUUCGAGGUUUAGUGUUCAUGGUGUAGCUCCGAAUUGUGUUUGGUUGACUCGGUUUAUUACUCAUUUAUGUAGAAAUGCUCGGGUCGAUGUAGCGUGGGAGAUUUUGAGUGAUCUGAUGAAGAAUAAGGCGCCGCUUCAAGCUCCUUCUUUUAAUGCUUUGUUGACAGUGUUGGGAAGGAAUAUGGAGAUUAGUAGAAUGAAUGAAUUAGUUGUGAAGAUGGAUGAGAUGAAGAUUCGGCCUGAUGUGGUGACGUUAGGGAUUCUUAUUAACACUUUGUGCAAAUCAAGAAGGGUUGAUGAAGCUCUUGGAGUUUUUCAAGAAAUGUGUGGGAAGAGAACUGAUGAUGGGGGUGUGGUUAAAGCUGAUUCGAUUCAUUUUAAUACUCUCAUCGAUGGGUUGUGUAAGGUGGGGAGGAUGAAGGAAGCUGAGGAGAUGUUGUUGAAGAUGAAAACGGAAGAUGGGUGUGCGCCUACUACGGUUACUUACAAUUGUUUGAUUGGUGGGUAUUGCAUAGCGGGACAGCUUGAAACGGCUAAAGAAGUUGUGUCUCGGAUGAAGGAGGAUGGGAUUAAACCGAAUGUGGUCACUCUAAAUACACUUAUCGGUGGAAUGUGUAGGCACCAUGGAGUUAACAUGGCGAUUGGUUUCUUUACGGAUAUGCAAAGGGAAGGUUUGAAAGGUAACGUGGUUACUUAUACGACGUUGAUCACUGCUUACUGCAGUGUUGGUAAUAUUGAAAACGCUAUGGGAUUGUUUGACCAAAUGUUGGAAGCUGGUUGUUCACCUGAUGCAAAGCUCUAUUACGCUUUGAUAUCUGGAUUGUGCCAAGCUAGAAGAGAUCAGGACGCGGUUAGAGUGGUGGAGAAGCUGAAACAGUCAGGGUUUUCUCUUGAUUUGCUGGCUUAUAACAUGCUUAUUGGGUUGUUUUGUGAUAAGAAUAACGGAGAGAAAGUCUAUGAGAUGCUAACCGAUAUGGAGGAGGCAAAGAUGAAACCUGAUUCCAUCACUUACAACACAUUGGUCUCGUUUUUCUGUAAACUCAAGGACUUUGAGAGUGUUCAGAAAAUGAUGGAGAAUAUGAGAGAAGAUGGGUUGCAUCCAACUGUUGUGACAUAUGGAGUGAUAAUAGAAGCUUAUUGCUCGGCUGGGGAUUUAAACGAAGCGUUGAAGCUAUUCAAUGACAUGGGUUCACGCUCAAAGGUCAGUCCCAACACCGUGAUAUACAACAUUCUCAUAAACGCGUUUUGCAAGGUGGGGAAUCUCGGACAAGCUAUGUCUCUGAAAGAGGGAAUGAAGGAGAAAAUGGUGAGACCGAAUGUUGAAACGUACAAUGCCUUGUUUAAGUGUCUUAAUGAGGUGCAACAGAAAGAGACAGUGUUUAAACUAAUGGAUGAGAUGAACCAGUCCUCUUGUGAAGCAAAUCAGACCACAGUGGAGAUUUUAAUGGAGCGUCUUACAAGUUCUGAUGAUUUGAUUAAGCUUAAACAGUUUAUGCAAGGUUACUCUGUUGCUUAUCCGGGCGAGAAAAGCUUCGCAUUUCCAUGUCUUUAG